CUCGACUAGAUUAUGGAGGAGUCAUUGUUCGUUGCAUAUAGCUUGCCCCAGACAGACCAUCAUUUUUUGUCUCCAUCUCUCACCCUUGAUCCACCAUGAGCGCCACCAACUCUGGCAGUCCUGCAGAGGGUCGUAGACAUUUGAAACUCCCCUUCCCUCCCGUGACUAAAACUCACAUUCUGAACUGCUCCUAUCAUAGCUGGCAUCCUAAAUAUCGAACUAUUACCCCGAAAGCACGCCUCGUGCCCCUCCCUGAAGCCUUUCUCAGCUAUCUCCGGGAAGACGGGAUAGUUCUUCCUCCUGAGAGCCAGGACGCGGCAGAGUGGUCCGAUUCAGACAGUGGCAUCUUUUCAGGCGCUGACAACGAAGGCGAGGAUGACGAUGACGACAACUACGACCCUUCGGCGAACUGGCGCGACACCCAUGAAGCCAUUGAGCGCGUGAUUGAAGAGCUGGGUGGAAAGGUCACCCCAAAACUGAACUGGUCCGCGCCGAAGGAUGCUACUUGGAUCGCAGCAACCAACAGCAUAGAAUGCCGGACCCCAAACGACAUCUACCUUCUUUUAAAAUCGAGCGAUUUCGUCACACAUGAUCUGCAGCACGCUUUUGACGACACUACCAACGAAGAUUCGCAGAGGAGCGAUGGAGACGGCCCCCCUCCUCCAUCUCCUUCAGUCCCGUACUAUCUCGUCCUCCGUAAAUGGAUUACUCUCAAUCCGUCCGUCGAAUUCCGCUGUUUUGUCCGCAAUCGCAAGUUGAUAGCUCUCUGUCAGCGUGACCUGAACCAUUUCGAUUUCCUGUUCAAAAUGCAAGACAGGCUGCAACAAGCUAUCCAGGAGUUCUUUGACGCGCGAAUUCGGGAUACCUUCCCCGACGCAAACUUUACAUUCGAUGUCUAUGUACCCCCACCGCACAACCGCGUCUGGCUAAUGGACUUCAAUCCGUGGGCUCCUAGGACGGAUCCACUGCUGUUUGGCUGGUUAGAACUCCUGACUCUGCCCGAACCUCUUGCAUCGAGAGUCGAGGAAAGUGCUCGGGAAUCUUCAGCAGAGGGAGGAUCUAGCGGUUCUGGAAACGAGAGGGAAGCUGAAGAAAAUAUCAUCGACCUGUUACGUCCGGAGUUCCGUCUGGUUCGCCGAGAUGACCCAGAAGCGUACGGCUUCACAACCCCACAAUAUAGCGCCCACAAGCUUCCUAAGGAUGUUGUAGACGCUAGCCGAGGGGGCGAGGGGAGUCUCAGGGAGUUCGCGCUGCAAUGGAAGGAGGCACAAGCACUAGCCGAACAGCAGAAGGCACAGGAAAGCGGAGAAGAGUAGAAAAAUAGCCACUCAUCAGUAGAUACCACUUGCC